CUUUCUCACAGGAUGGUGCCGACAGAACCAUAGACUCUCUGAAGGAGGAGAGGCUCUCAAUAGUCGUCUCGAAGAGUUGUUCUUCUCGACGCUGUUUUCAAGCAUCAGUUGUGGAGUUUGUGACCCGAAUCUCAGAUGGAGACCUCCCUUAGAUAUCGAAGCGAUUCCAAAGCUUUAAAUAAUGAAAUCCCAAUCGACAUCCAACUCCAAAAUCCACUUGCAGAAACCGUCCCGAAAGUCCUCCACAAACUCCCUGCGAGCCUACAAGCUCAUGAAGGAAGCGUUUGAUCUCAAACCGGCUCAGUCCAUUGCUGAUGCGAUCGCUGACCUCGAAGAACACAUCAAGGACUCUACCAUGAUCGUUGUCGAGACGCUUGAAGAAUUGGACACACUGACUGAGCUCAAACGGGCCGAGAAGUGGAAUGGCCGCGCUCGGAUCAGCUGCUUCAACGGAAAGUUGAGGAGGACUGCAAAGCGCAGGGGUUUGAAUCUCUCCAAGGUUGGCUCUUAGUAUUUUUAAGCUUCGAUCUAAUCAACUUUUUAGAAAUAACAGAGGGAGUUUUGAUAUUUCAAUCCGUUUGGAUUGCUGUUAUAUUGCAAAUGCUUUAUAUUUGAUUGAAAGAUGUAAUCAAAUAUAUGAACAAAGGUUUUGUUACUUUUGGAAUAU